AGUUUCGAGGAAGUGACGCGCGCAUGAGACUGGGCGAAGGAAGUUUGCUCCGUGGUACUGAACGAAACUUUUCCCCGGAGCUACAGUGGGAGAUCAGAACAAUCCUGGAGAAUUGUGUUGCCGGGAGAGUGAUCCAGUCGUGCAGGGAACCAUUGUUUUCCUCAGUACGCCUGUGAGAUUGGUAGAGGACCGCAAAGGAUUUUUUUCUCCCGUGUUCUAUCCCCCUACUCUAUCCGAGAUGGGGAAGGAGCAGGAACUCCUAGAGGCGGCGCGCACUGGAAAUCUUGCCGCUGUGGAAAAGCUUCUUUCUGGGAAACGACAAUCGACUGGAAGUGGCAGUGGAUCAUCGGGGACUGGUGGAAGCAGCAAUAUCAGUGGUCACAAUGCUUCUCACCCGCUGUCCAGCCUUCUCAGUAUCUGGAGGGGUCCUAAUGUAAACUGUGUGGACAGCACUGGAUACACUCCUCUACACCACGCUGCCCUAAAUGGACACAGUGAGGUAGUGGAGGCGCUGCUACGUAACGAGGCCUUGACCAACAUCGCUGACAAUAAGGGCUGCUACCCCCUGCACCUGGCCGCAUGGAAGGGGGACCAAAGGAUCGUCAGGCUACUCAUUCACCAAGGCCCCUCACACCCCAAACUCAACGAGCAGAGCUCCUCUGUAGAGCACAAAGAGUUGAAACGCUGUGGGCCCUUUGACCUGCAUAUUAAUGCCAAGAACAACGACAACGAGACCCCCCUCCACUGUGCCGCCCAGUACGGCCACACCCAGGUGGUGCGUCUGCUGCUGGAGGAGCUGACCGACCCCACCAUGAGGAACAACAAGUUUGAGACGCCGCUGGACCUGGCGGCGCUCUACGGCCGUCUGGAGGUGGUCAAGCUGCUGCUCACCGCCCACCCCAACCUGCUCAGCUGCAACACCAAGAAACACACACCGCUGCACCUGGCGUCACGCAACGGACACCUGGCCGUGGUGGAGGUGCUGCUGGCGGCCGGCAUGGACAUCAACUACGAGACGGAGAAGGGCAGCGCCCUCCAUGAAGCAGCUCUCUUCGGGAAGACUGACGUGGUGCAGAAACUUCUGCGUGCAGGGGUUAAUGUGAACAUGGUGGACAGCAAGGGCCUGACAGCGCUGGACACUGUCAGAGAAAUGCCCUCUCAGAAGAGCCGACAGAUAGCAGCUCUAAUCCUGGGCCAUAUGUCAGGAAAUCCCCCUGUUUUACACUUGCCUCCUCCCCCUGUCCCUCCACCUAAUGAGAGCCCUAGCCUUCGGAAAAAAGGUGAGCUGGGGGUGGUGAGUGAGCUGAUCUCGGGGCUGGCCCCGGGGCCUGAGGAGGAGAGCCCGUAUGAGGCUCUGUUCGAGGCCACUUCCUGUCACUCUCUGGACAGUCUGACCAGUGGCAAGUCCUCCGACAGGGACUCUGGACGACCUGAUAGUGAAGCCGGAAAGAAAGACCGGCUUGCUCACCAAUCCCAGCAUGCCCCUGGCCAGGAAGAGGAGCUUAACUCAGAGGCCCUGUACACUAACAGCAGCAUCGAUGAGAGAGGGGAGGAGGAGGUGGACACGUAUGAAUUGCUGCUCUCCGCCCAGACAGAAGUCCCCCAGUCCGCACAGGACCCCCCAUCACAGAAAUGUACAGAUGAGAACGCUACCUCCCAACAGUCUUCCAACAGUCUUCUACCUCAGCAGCGGAAGCCCACUGCCCCUAGUGACCUCCGACCUUCAGGCCAGACGGGCGACACCCUGAAGCUCCCCGGACCUCCUGUGGUUGGGCCGGGACGGACUGGUGGGGAGUUACACCCUCCACAUGCUCUACCUGCUGGACGCCAGGGACCUGACAUGGGAGAUAACUCCUUGCUCGGCCAGGACCUGGUCGCAGUACCUGAAGUGUUCACAGGCCUCCUGCACGGAUCCUCGCCCGUCUUUGACUGUCGGGAGGAGUCCAUCAGCAGCCUGCCAGGUGGAGUACUGACACAGUCCAGCCAAGGCCAACAGCCGGCGCCAGCUCCAACAGCACCCGCCAAAGCAACAGAAGCUCCGCCUCCUCCAAACAAUCCAAUCGACAUGUCUGCCGUCCUGACAGACUGUGACCCCAAAGCUAUCUAUGCCACCGUGUCCAAGGGGGAGCCCAGGGACAGAGACCGGGACAUGGGGUCUGGGGCUGUGCCUGCUGGCAGGAUGCGCCCCCCUGGGGAUUUGAAGCUGGCUCGCAGCUUUUCCAAGUCGGACUCAGACCUGCUGGUGUCACCGCCAAGCGAGGAGGAGGGAGGGCUGGGCAGCCGCAGUGAGUCCGUCUCGAACUGCAGCGCAGCCAAAACGAGGCUGGAGAAGUCGCCCUCGUUCGCCUCUGAAUGGGACGAGCCAGCCUUUAUUGAGAAGAUCAUGACGUUGAUUGGAGCAGGCAUUGAUUUCUCUAGAGACCAGCAGUACUCUACCCCAGGUGGGGCAGCUGGUCGGCUGCUGGACCAGCCCGUGGGAGACUGGCUGGAGCACGUGGGGCUGCCGCAGUACGAGAGCAAGCUGCUGCUCAACGGCUUCGACGACCUGCACUACAUGGGUAGUAAUGUGAUGGAGGAGCAGGACCUGAGGGAGAUAGGCAUCACAGACCCAGGACAUCGGAGGAAGAUCCUGCAUGCAGCUCGAUCCCUACCUAAGGUGAAGGCCCUAGGCUGUGACGGCAGCAGCUCUCUGUCCUCCUGGCUGGACCUCCUGGGCCUGCAGGAGUACCAACACAGCUUCCUGUCCAGCGGAUAUCGUAGCCUCGACUGUGUCAAGAACCUGUGGGAACUGGAGAUUGUCAACGUGCUGAAGAUCUCCCUGCUGGGACACAGGAAACGGAUCAUCGCCUCGCUGGCAGAGCAGCCUUAUGAGGAACCUCCUGUCAAGCCCCCCCGCCUGUCCCAGAUCAGGUGUCAGGACCUGGUAUCCCAGACCUCCUCUCCCAUCAGUCACAUGGACUCCUAUACGGGCCGCUCCAUGGACCCCAUCCUGCCCCUGGGGGAGCCUGGGGUGAGGAAGGGGCCCAACACCGAAUACGAUGUGGCCCCCCACCGUUCCCGCAGUGAACGACACCGAUCACAUGAGAGGUAUGAGGAGCGGCAUCGUGAGCCUCGUCUGACCCUGCGACCCCCCAGCAUGGCAGCACCCUACACCCCUGUACAGAACUGGCACCACCAGCCUGAGAAGCUCAUCUUUGAAUCCUGUGGAUAUGAAGCAAAUUACCUGGGAUCUAUGCUCAUAAAGGAGCUACGGGGGACCGAGUCCACCCAGGAUGCCUGUGCCAAAAUGAGGAGGUCAACAGAGCAGAUGAAGAAGGUCCCCACUAUCGUCCUCUCCAUCACCUAUAAAGGGGUGAAGUUCAUUGAUGCGGCCAAUAAGAACAUCAUUGCAGAACAUGAAAUCCGGAACAUCUCGUGCGCGGCCCAGGACCCAGAGGAUCUGUGCACGUUUGCCUACAUCACCAAGGACCUGCAGACCAACCACCACUACUGCCAUGUGUUCAGCACAGUGGACGUGAACCUGACCUAUGAAAUCAUCCUGACGCUGGGACAGGCAUUUGAGGUGGCCUAUCAGUUAGCUCUCCAGGCCCAGAGGACCAAACAGCACCAGGGCAUCCCAGCAGGACCCGGGGCAGAGGUCAUCGAGACCAAAUCCAGCCGGCCCGUUCCCAAACCACGGGGUGGCGUAAGGAAAUCAGGGGACUCUCCUCUCCUGCUGGACAGUCGCUCCUGCUGUUACUGUCUCACCUGCACCACCCACCGUCCCUCCUUCCUCCCACUGCACCACUCUGCCAGCCCUGUUGCCCAGGUGGACCCGUUGGAGCUGGAAGUGGACUCCCAGUCCCAGGGCAGCACCACAUGGCUGGUGGACCCUGUCCCCAAAGACUCCAAGAGGACCAUCAGCACUAAGUACGAGACCACCAUAUUCUGAGUGGACCCGACACAUCUCCCGCCCUCUGCCCUUUGACCCUGGGCUUGACCUUCUGACUUACUGUACCUUUCCUCCUCCUCCUCCUCCAUCUGUGUGCCUUUCACUGUGACUCUGCCUCUUUCUCAGGAGGGCCAGAACCCUCCUGCCCUCCUCUGUCUCCACCUCUCCUCUGCCUCUUUCUUAGGAGGGCCAGAACCCUCCUGCCCUCCUCUGUCUCCACCUCUCCUCUGCCUCUUUCUCAGGAGGGCCAGAACCCUCCUGCCCUCCUCUGUCUCCACCUCUCCUCUGCCUCUUUCUCAGGAGGGCCAGAACCCUCCUGCCCUCCUCUGUCUCCACCUCUCCUCUGCCUCCACCUCCUCUCCUCUGUCUGCUGAAAGACUCAACUUCUCUCCUCCCCCUGUCUGUUAUUCAGUCUACCAUUAUGAGACCUGCCUCUUCUGUCCUUGCCUCGCCACUGCCUCUCCCCCUGACCACAACUCUGUUAGUGGGGACUAACUGAACAACCUCCUGGACUAACACCCUGAUCCCUGCUCCUUUUCACUGUGUUAAACUGCUGACUCCUCUGGGCCCUGAAUCAUUGCUCUGUGAUCAUCGUACAGUAUGUUCCUAGGCAUUUGGUUCCCCUUGCCUCUGAAGCAUGAUACUCUACCUUGUCCUUCCACUUCCCUCACAUUGACACUGUUAGUUCUGCUUAAACUGUUCUACUGUAUGGUGCUGUUAUUCAAUACCCCUAGCUAUGAUGUGUGUAGGACAGCUAAUGUAAUCCACAAAUCCAGUCACUGAUUAAGUUUGUUCAGUGGCUACUAUCUCCAUUCUACCUACCUACCUCCCCACUCCUCACCAUUCCUCUUUCCCUCCCCCAAAUUAUUUUCGGACAAUCCUUAAUUGUUCUAUCCAUCUAUCCCUCCUUCCUUUUUCCUUUCUCCUCUGGGUGCUUUUACUGCUCUACCAGGCGACGGCCACUGUGAGGCGCUCUUGAAGAACUUUCCCCUUCCUUGUUUCCUGAACUUUAAACUCCUGCCUCCAGUGCUCAGAAACAAAUAUCCGAUUCUCUACAGCGAAGGAUCACGUACCUGGAUGAACAUUGUUUCCAGAAGAUUCAUCUGUGAGAGACUCCCUGUUCCAUUGUUGUGGUUCUAUGCACAUUAGUAGGAACAUUGCCUGUUUCUCUGCAAGGGGAUGGAAGACAACUCUGGACUAAACCCUAACCCCCUAAGCCCAUUUGGGUUAACAGAGGGAAGUGCAUGUUGAUGCGUAUCCUGUCUGAUUUAUUAUCGCUCUUUGUAUCGGUUGCCUAAACUUAAUCUGAGUCUGGGAAACUGUCACUCUGUGUUAUGCUGCCAAAGUAGGAUAGGGUCCAGCACUGUGAUAGAUCUCUACUGGUAGCUAUUGGAGGAUAGAUCGGACACAGAGGUUCAAACAUAUUAUGGUGUCCUACAGAGAUGUCCUCACUGUUAUAGACAGCAGUGUGGGAAAUCAAUCUGAGCAUGCCUUGCUCUUUGACUGAGAAUUUGAUAUCUAGUGCAAAUCCUUAUUUGGAGUGUCAUGAAAACUAUGUGAAUGCUUGGAUGCUGGGGAAAUAUGUGCAUCAAAGAUGAUAUGAGGAGAACUUAAAUGGACUGUUUAUUCAAUAGAGUAUGAGCCAAAAUGCAUGAAUUCUGCUCUAGCCACCAGUAAUAGACUUGGGUGGCGGUUUCAGUCUAAUUACCCAGCCUAGCCGGUAGAUCCGUCAAUAUAGGGCUGAUCGGUUAUAUUAACCUUAAUGAGGAGAGCUCUUCAAAUCUCUCACUGGAGAGGAGUGGUUAGGUGAAAUGCGUCAAAAGAAUAAACUGCUGUACCAUCCAUCUUUCCUAAUCCAAGCGUGUCUUAAUGGACUGAAAGAUGAAGGCAUAACCUUGUCAAGGCACAUAUUCUGUUUAGUUGGCAUCUGGUCCAUCCACUGUGGUGAAACAGAGGCUGAUGUAUACAGAUGAAAAGUACAGCGUUACAUAAUGUUGCUAUACUUUAGGCAUGGUGCAUUGAGUGUUCUCAUUUGAAAUCGUAUCACUCUUUGCAUCGAUCUACAUUUCUAACUCAUCGCCAUAUUCUAAAUAGUGCCAAGAUGCAAUCAACCCAAUGUCUGUUGAAAGUAAACCGGGAAAUAGGAGACUUUCCCUUUUUUCCCUUUCAUUUUCACUACUCAUACAGUUUCUCCUCUAUGUUCAUCAUCUUGUCAUUAAUGACUGUCUGUUUUACUAUUCACCCUGCCUCAGUCGAUAUUCAGUGUUAACAUGGAAGCGGAAUUUAAUCAUUAUCUAGAAAAAUCUGUUAUCUUGAUAUCUACGCCAUUUUGUUUUCAGUUGGCUCAGUUAUUUUUUUAAAUUAUUUUAACCCCAGUGCUGUGUUGGUGUGUCUCCCUUCCAUGUAGCUGACUACCAUGACCGGACACCCAGCCAGAGUGAGAGGUCAGGGGUGACCCAUACCUAUGGGGUUGUGUUGUGUGGCAGGAUGCAUUUUUGGAACCAGGAGAAAGGCCACUUUCCAUGCACCCUUCCUACCAGUACCACUGGAGACAUGCUUACAUACACCAGGAGGGCCCUACCUCCUCUCAGACACCCCUGGACCUUUCCUCAUGCUCCACUCCUUCUCACCUCCACUGAGGUGUUCAGCUCCAGGGAUCAGCGCUGUAGUUCUGUAUCACACAGACAGGAAGUCAGCCCCCAAGCAGUAGGCCCAAACAACCAACAUCCUCACUGCAUCCACUUACUUACACGGGAAAAUGGACUCAACGUGUCAAAGCUUGGUCAGUUAUCCAGAGACUGAAAGGUGGGUGUUUGUUUGGUAGGCAUCUCUUUCAAUGUGAAGCACUCGACUUUAACAUCCCUCCUUUUCUGUUUUUAUUUUGUACAAAUGUAAACAUGUUUAUCCUUGACAGGCCAGUGAAUGCUGUUCAGACAGUGUAUUUCAUCUACGGGGGUUCGAGAGUGUCUUGUUCCCAGUUGUUGUUUUUCCCUGACAUUUUGUGACUUGUGUAUCCAUUCCAUGAGAGUCGAAGCUGGAUGCUUCUCUAGAUCGAUCCCUCAGAGGGGCCUUUCCCAUAAACGUAUGUGUCUUCGCUGAGGGCUACGCUGAGCUAAUGUUUACUCUGACAGGGAAUUUUAUUGAGGUACAGACAGUGGUAAUCAACAUAAAAAUAUAUUUUUGAGAAAAGAAGUCGAGAUCUGCCUGGAUAUCUCACUGGGAAAUGGGAGACAGAUUUAGAUAAAGGAAUGCAUUAAAGUUGUCCUCGGUAUGCUAUGCUCACUAGGGUACGAUUGGGUAGAAUAAUUACAAUGUGAGAUUCAGCAGUACACUCACAGGCUUUCUCAUGUCCAUCCAUUCAAGCACCGAGUCAGUUACAUCAAAGCAUCGCUUUAUCUUCAUUUUCUCAUUCAUAACAUACAGAACUGUGAUAGUUAAUGUAAUAGUGUACAGGAGGAAUAAUCUGACAUGGAUGAAGUUUGGAGGGCUGUUCAACUGACACUACAGCAACUUUUAAAAACAGGGGGUGUCUUUUGUAUGUUUAAACUGGACACUAUAGGACCUGUUAGGAGGUACUGCGAUGGCCUUUUAUCCCCCCUGAAUCGAUUUGAUUUAUUUUAAACUAGUCAAUCCAGAAAACCAGUCCUGUAAGAUUUUAGGUACAAUAUGGUAUCUCUCCUGGUACGUUGACUGUUUUCUGUUUUGGGUACUCUGUGUUCAGCUGGAGUGUUGCGCCUCUGUGGGUACAUAGACUAGCUAUAUGGUACUCACUCUAUAUGAUACAGCUGUCUUUAGCUGGUUGAUGUGAGCACCUGCAGCUAUCAACCUGGUCCUGUCUCCGUGUUUGCACAUAAGGAUCAUGGGUAGUACAAUAGGACUAUUCUGAUGAUAUUAAUGAAGACUAUGAUGAUGAUAACAAUGAUAUUGGAUUGUAAAUUAAUAGCAGUCUGUAUUUUGAUACUUGAAUGAUUUUUGUUUUUAUAGAUAUCUAUGUAUAUGUAUGUACGUAUGUAAUUGUUUUGCCACAUUUGUAAAAAAAAAAAAAAAGGACUGUCUUAUUAAGUUCAACAUAUCAUGAUACUGUUAAGUUCUAAUUUUGAGUAAAUAACUCACGGACACUAGAGAAGCUUAACCAAGUUCAAUUCUUCGCAAAGGGUUGUUACAGCUGUAAUUCAGACACAGACAUGGCUUCCCCAGUGGUAGUAUUCAUACCCAACCUUGGGUGGAGUCUCCUUAUCUCAAAACAUUGCAUCAUUCUUGCUAAUCAGGGAGCAAAGUGACAUGAGCCUUCAACGGUUUCUCCCCUUAUCAGUACUGCCCACAUGCAAUCGUGUUCCCUGCACUCAGCCCCUCCCAAGCUUCAUUAUGGCACCCCUCAUGUCUCUUUAGUACCUAAUGUUCCUAUACUUCUGAGUAUAACAAUGUUCAAAGUUUCACCCCUGAUUCCAACAAUACCCAACGAUGGAAAACGGGCCAAGAGAAAGAACUCAGAGGGACAUCACUACAGAAACAAAGGAAAAAGAUUGUAAAUGACCUUUGGGCUUCCAGUCCUUUUUUAUGGUUAUUAUUUUUCAUAAUUGUACAACUAAUAAAUGAAGAAAUUGUUAACCAA